GCAUAUACCGGGACCAACGUACGGCCAACGUAGGGUACCCACACCUAGCGGUCCCCGUGUGGGAGGUGCGCUGAGUAGCCGAGCGGCAGCCAAUCGCAGCGCUUUGGUAUCGCCUGGGAGCCGGCCCGGCCAGAAACCACCCUGUUCGAGGCUAGGGUGCAGGCGAGCCGACGCGCGCUACAGCGGAGAGAGUAGUCUCGCUCGGGGUGUCCCUGGCCCAGGCGAUACCAGCCCGGAGCUCUGCGCAUCUCUCACACGAGGGGCGCUACCCACACCGACCCACACUCAUUAUGGCGAAACAAUGUGAUUUGGCAACGUUGCCGUGUAGCCCUUUGUUUGCCCGUUUUGCGCCCGGGUCGUUGUCUGGGUCCUGCACGCGCAUGCAGCUCCAGACCGGCGCACUGAGUCCCGAGGAGGCGAGCUGAACGGACGCCCUGCCUCAUGCAGGAGCCGGUGAUCAUCAAGACCCCUAUUCGGAACUACGUGCACCAAACCUUCGACCCGCACGGUUUCGAAGCUGAUCGACUUGCCCAGCCCAGCGACAUCGCCGAGUACAAGGAUGUACAUAACCUGUUGAAAACGGACAAAGCACGUGAUGAGAUCAUAGUAUCGAUCCAGAAGAUCCAGAACAGGGAAACUUAUCGUCAGUUCUGGGCAGAGGUUGAAGAGUACAAGCUGUGCAAGCCUAACGCGUACGUGUACAAGCUGCUGCAUCAUGGAACUGGCGAGCACAGCACGCACGGCAUCGUGCAAAACAACCUGCAGAAGGUGUUCAUAGACUUGCAAGACCACCCACAACAAUGCCUUUUGAAUAUGCAAUCAUGUUAGUAUGCGUCAAAAGCUGAGAAAUCUGGGUCCAAAUUGGGCCUGAAAAUUUUGAAAUAUUUAGAUUGCAAAACUUUAAUGAUGUGAUCCACGAGUUGCGACUUUUCAAAAACCUAAUGGACCGGUUUAAAAUAAGGCUGGGCACAUAAGGACGACGGCGACGACUUUUUUGGUAAGGGUUGGUUCGAGGGGGAAACGACUGUUAAACUUUGUGUCAGCCGGAUUACAGAUUACCCGGAUUACCUCCGGAGUGUCCUCCGGAUUACGUUGCUUUUUCUCUAGGAUUACCCCGGAUUACCCGCAAAAUUUUCCCGGAUUACCCCAAAAUUCCCCCGGAUUACCACGGAUUUUUUAGAAUUUCCUCGGAUUACCCCUGCCGGAUUACCUUUCGGCUGUCAGCCGGAUUACCUUAGUCGUUUCCCCCUCGGGUUGGUUACAUAAGGACUUGACUUUUAUUUACAUGUAUUUAGAUUGUAAGCUGAUUUUAUUGUAUUGCUAUUUAGAAUAAGUUUAAAAA